AGAGACGAUGAAACUGUAGUUAAUGAAUCUAACAGGACAAUUAUCUUCUGUAUCACAACAAGUUCUUCUCGUAUAGCUACACAAGAGGUGCUACACCAUGUUAAAGAACAAACUAACGAUACCACAAAAACUUUCUCCAUAACAAUAAGUAUCGCUAGGUGUGGUCACAAAAGAAACUGAAACUACUUUUUACAUCAUAGUAAAUAAGACGGUGCUCACCAUAGUAGAUAGACACGACAAGAUGGUGAAGGUUUGCGUCUGCGGAGGUGCUGGUGGCAUCGGACAGCCGAUGUCUUUGCUUCUUGCCAUGGAGCCUCUGGUUUCGGAACUGUGUAUAUUCGACCUAAACGUAGCAAUGGUUCCGGCUGAAGGAGUGGCCGCCGAUUUGUCUCAUGUCGAGAGGCCCUGUAAGGUGAAAGGCUACGUCAUGGAAGUGGGGCAGAAACCUGUGGACCAUCUUUUAAGGUUAGCUUUUAUCCAUCUUUCUCAGCAUCUCGAUACCCUGUUGCUUCCCUUGUAUUCUUUUCAUGGCUCCUACGAGGGAACAAGGGUCGAGAUGAGGGGGCCGAGAGGAAUAAACGCUGACGCUAAAUCUGCAAGAGUGCCUCACGGGCUGCCAGCUCGUGAUGAUUCCAGCAGGCAUGCCACGUAAGCCUGGUAUGACACGUGCCGACUUACUCAGUGUCAACGCGGAUAUCGCGAAAGGACUGGUGGAGGCCUGUGCCAAAUACUGUCCGGAAGCCGUCGUCGCACUCAUCGUGAACCCGGUUAACAGUGUGGUACUUGCUCUAGUAGAAGUAGCUCCCUGCACUUUCGCUUACCUCAAGCUUUGUCCAGAGCUGCCAGUAUCACAGAAAUACUGUCAGACCACGUCUCUACGGUCACCGUGAACGGUGGCAACAGGGACAAUAGCAUGCAUUCAUUCUUUGCUUUGAAUUCACAAUUGCUUUUUGGUUAUACCUACAUUCUCUGUUUAUGAAGGAUCACGAGAUCAUUGCUCUCUCUCUGUAGUGUCCUCUCUCCAUCAUCUUCACUUAGGCAGUUUUAAGAGCCACUGAACCAGGUUCCUGCCAUGACUGCCCUCUGGGAAAAGGCUGGUUUGAGCCCGAAAAAGAUUGUUGGAGUCACCACGCUUGAUAUCGUCCGCGCAAAUAAGUUUGUCGCUGAAGCAACUGGUGACGAUGUGAAAGAUUUAAGAUUGGUUUGUUCAAAUUCUAGGAUAUCUUGUUAGAAGCAACGGAAAGUCCUAGGACUGUCCGUGGGUUUGCGCCUCUACUAGAAGCCGUCUCGCCUUAGUCCGCAAGAUAUUCUUGGUGGAAGCUCUCUAUCUUCUUCUAAAAAGCAUCGACAUUCCGGUGAUUGGCGGUCAUGCAGGCAAGACCAUUUUGCCUUUGUUUUCGCAGAGCGCAUCUGGUGCGAAGAUUGCCGCUGGAGACGUUCCGGCUAUGGAUGAGAAGGUGCAGAUUAUGGCCGCAAGAAAUUAUCCAUCUGACGGAACAGAACGUCUUGGUGCCAUAGCCAUUUUCUUGUUUCUAUAGGGGAAACGAAGCACUGGAAAGAUGCUCUUUAUAGAAACGAAGCACUGGAAAGAUGCUCUUCAAGAUGGAUGCGUAGAAGUGGUUCUAACUAGAAUGCGGGUACGGUUGUAGUCGAGGCGAAGAAUGGCAAGGGCUCGGCGACGCUCUCCAUGGCCUACGCGGGUGCGCGGUUGGGAGUUGCGAUCGUCAAAUCGUUGUUAUGCGGAACACAUUUUUUACUUUCUUAUGGCGCGUGCCUGAGGUCAGAAUGAUUUUGAUGAAAAACUACAUCCUCUAAUCUCGACCGGCUCCCCACAGACGGAGUGCGCCUACACCAAAUCCUCGGUUGUUGAUGGGCUUCCGUACUUCGCGAGCAAGGUAACCUUCGGAAAAGGCGGCGUCGAGGAUUAAGGAGAGUUUUUUUUUGGUUAGAUUGAAAUUGAUUGUUUGUGGAUUUUCUACUUUGCUUUUCGAGGUGUACCUAGGUAGAGGAGACUGUGCAUCGUAAUACCGAUAAGGUGAAUUUUCCGAGCAGCUCUCUAAGACCCAGUACAAAGCAUCGGCGACCUGAACGAUCAUGAGAAGACACGUUUGGCGGAAUUGACACCAGUCCUGAUGGAGGAGAUUCAAGCUGGCUUGGACUACGCUGAGAAGAAUAGCUUGGCUAUCUAGUUGUCCUGGAGUCUGAGAAGAUGAAGAUAUUGGUGGAUCGCCUCGUCGUUGAGUCUCGUUUUCUCCCUCUACUAGGAGCGAGCUGUAGUACCCUCCUCUCUCAUUUUUACCCUCUCAUUGCAGCACUAAAAAACCCGAAGCAAUGAAUUGAUCAAACAUUUUCUUAAACCUUUUACAUUCAUUGUCGAGUAUGAAGGAACCGUGAAGCGCUCACUUUCCAUACACAGUACCAUGGCAUUUCCAAAUAUACGAAACCCGAAUCCCUAGGCCUCACUAGACUCACCCACUUAAACCCAGCAAAGAGUCACCCAUUGUAUUGCAAAAUUUUAUCAAGUGGAGAAUAACUGCAUAUACGACUUUCAUGCCUUCGGCGUAGUGGCUCGUGUGGAGAAUUUGCAAGGGCACAUAUGACCUACUCACUGAUCUAUUCUGAUGGUUGUCGGAACCGUCCAG